AAGGAAGGAAGGAAGGAAGGAAGGAAGGAAAAGGGAAGGGAGGGAGGAAAGAGGAAGGGUCGGAGGGAAGUGAGAGAGCGCAAUCCAACCCUCCUCUCCAAAAACAUUCACCCCAACCUCGGAUUCCCGCGGUGCAAAACCCAUUUGGAAACGUUCCCUGCGCGGCGUUUUGCGCGGUCCCAGCAGGCAGCCGAGGCGGCUCUUCCGUCCCGGGACGGGCCCUUUUCUCUCCGGAGGGGGCGUCCCAAGCUGGCCCCCUCUUCCGCGGGGUGUCUGCCCGCCCUGGCUGGGCUCCAGAGCCUGGAGUUUCCAUGGCCUGGAUGUGCGCGCAAUUGCGCGCCCGGAGCCGCGGCGUUUGUAACCGUUGCAUCGGCUGCAGCUGCUGCGAGUACCCGCUGCCUGGCAGACCCGGGAGACAGAGGGACGGCUGGUUGCAUUCAGACGUGCAUCCUUGAGCGUGCAUGUGGCUCUCCUAACCGGCUCCGGUACGAAAAAAAAAGACGAGCCGGCGUACCUCGGCUGUUUUGUACAUCUGGCAGACUGGGGUGCUGUCUAAACCGGGCCGGCUUUUGUUCCAGCCCAGACCCAGCCCGCUUGUCGUCUGAACGGGGGCAGCAGCACCCGAGAGAACCAGAAAAAAAAGCUGCACUCUUGGAUACCUGGCUUGAUUCUCUGCUGACAAAUCCUGGCCUGGUCCAGGGGUGAAGACGCUGGUUCGAGUCGUGCCGCACAAGAGCCCCAUUUGUGUCGGAGGGGGGAGAGAAACAAAAGGGGGCGAGAGAGACACACGCAAGGACCACCUUUUUUUUCCCCUAUCUGCGAAAGGCCAUAAAUGAUCAGCCCCUAUGACCAACAUGAGCUGGAGUUUCCUUACCCGCCUGCUGGAAGAAAUUCACAACCACUCCACUUUUGUGGGGAAGAUCUGGUUGACCGUCCUCAUCGUCUUCCGCAUCGUCCUGACAGCCGUGGGGGGCGAGUCCAUCUAUUCGGACGAGCAGAGCAAAUUCACCUGUAACACCAAACAGCCGGGCUGCGACAAUGUCUGCUAUGAUGCCUUCGCCCCGCUUUCCCAUGUCCGCUUCUGGGUCUUCCAGAUCAUCAUGAUCUCCACCCCGUCUGUCAUAUACUUGGGCUACGCCAUCCACCGGAUCGCCAGGUCCUCAGAGGAGGAGAAAAAGAGAUUCCGGAGCUUCAAAAAGAAGAAGAAGCAGUUUGUCCUCAACUGGCAGGCGUCCCAUCAUCUGGAAGAUUCUUUGGGUGCCGAAGAAGAACCUAUGAUCUCUGAGGAGAUGGUGGAGAACGAAGAGAAGGAGAAGACCAAGGAAGAGGAGGAGAAGAAGAAGGGGCAGAAACAUGAUGGCCGGAGACAUAUCCAAGAAGAAGGGCUGAUGAAAAUCUACGUCUUCCAACUUCUCACCAGAGCCUCCUUCGAAGUCUGCUUCCUGAUAGGUCAAUACAUGCUCUACGGUUUCGAGGUGAGACCCUACUAUCUCUGCACCCGCGAUCCUUGUCCCCAUAAUGUUGACUGCUUUGUGUCCAGGCCCACGGAGAAGACCAUCUUCCUCCUGGUGAUGUAUGUGGUCAGCUGCCUUUGUCUGUUGCUCAACCUGGCGGAGAUGUGCCAUCUGGGCAUCGGUACCAUCCGGGAUGCCAUUCGUGAACGGAAAAUCCACAACGUCCGACAGCCACCGUACAAUUAUGCCGCCUACCCCAAAAACAUCUCUUGCCCGCCUGAGUACAACCUGGUGGUCAAAUCGGACAAAUCGGCCAAGAUCCCCAACAGCCUGAUGGCCCAAGAACAGAACUUGGCCCAUGUGGUCCAGGAGCAGCAGUGCACCAGUCCCGAUGAUAACAUCCCUCCCGAUUUGUCCAUCCUCCAUAAACAGUUACGGGUGGCUCAGGAGCAACUGGACAUCGUGUUCCAGAGUUACAACGGCACUCAGGGACACAGCCAGCCCUCCAGAACCAGCAGCCCGGGCUCCAGUGGGUCUAUGGCAGAGCAGAACAGGGCCAAUAUUGCGCAGGAGAAACACGGGACCAAGCCAAAAACCAGUUCGGAGAAAGACAGCGUCAACAGCAAAGAUGGGAAAAACUCUGUAUGGAUUUAAGAAGGAGGAAGCAGGUCAAAGGAUCUUACUAUCUUGGUGGCUUUGCAUCAGGAGAUGGUGGGUAUCUCUUCUUUGUUUACGAGGACAAGGCUAAAAUGAGACGUCCACCAGUAGUCCACCAGAGGCCUUUUCUCAGUCCCUUGCUUGGUUGAUUCCCAUCUUUCGUUUUCCGGGUAAAGCAGAAUCUUUGUGCUAGAAAUCCGUGUGAGAGAGAUCCGUCCUCAAAGUUCUUCCAGGGAAGAUUCAAACCAGGUGCUGAUGGCAAGAUGGAUCCUUUGACUAGAGGCUCCAGAAAUCAGAAGAGACAGAAUUAAAUUCCUGUCAAUAAAACUUUGGCCCAAAAGCCCAAUUUCUCAACCUGUCUUGAGGGUUGAGGAUCUCAGGUAUAAUCCACCUUUUGAAACCGAUGGCAUUUACCGCACUAUCCUUCUUUAUCUCUUUCUCGUCCUCCUUGCUUGUCCGAGUUUUCUACUUCUUCCUUCUGACAAGCUGCCUUUAAAAAAAAAAAAAUCAACAAACCAACUCUUUUCUCUUUGUCAUUUUGACAUUCUCUUCCUACCGAGACAGGAUUACUUCUCUCAAUUUUGUGCCUGCCAAAUAAUUUAGUUUAUGAGUGUUUUCUUUUGAAUCUAGGACAGACUUGGGCUUGAGAAAGCUGCAUUGGUUUUUUUUUUAAUGUUUUUUACCAUUUUUUUUUCUAUUGGCAAAGUGAAGUCUCCUGUCCUAUGAUUAUGGUAAAAGAGGGGACCUGGUUUAAAUAAAUGACAUCCACUGUUCACGAAGAGUACCACUGUGUGUGGAUAGUGGCCUGUUGUAGAGUUCUCCGUUUGGCAUUCCCACCUGUGUUAAGCAAUUGUGAGGACGAAUCGUGUUGUCUCUUUCUUGGUGCAUGGAAGAUUUCUUUUGAGGGCUAAAAUAACCCCGAACCGAAUUAAUUUCCAAGUCCCUGGUGGGAUGGCAACAUCUGGAGAUGUUUCCGAAAUGUCAUAGUUCUGAACCGCGAGCCAUAUCCACCGAAAGUGAGAUUUUAAAAUUGAAAACCUCUGUAACUGCGACUAAAGAUUAACUAACCCGCAAUUUUGGCAGUGAGGUCACUGCAAAACAGUUUCUGGAAAGCAAAUUCGGUCUUUUCCAAGAAAAUGGAGUCUCCAGAAGAAGAUCUACGUGAGAGAAAGAAGAUCUGAAGCCAGUGUCUGGGUUGGCUUCAGCUACAUCGUGCAUUUGGCGAUGGAUGGAGAUCCCAUUAAUUUGUAGAUCAUCAAGUUGCACCUUGAGAUAUGUUGAACACCUCAGGUACGAUAAGAAGCAAGUGGCCUCAAGAAGACAAAUCUGACCUGUUGCUACAAAUGGGAACCCUAAAUUGUAUCUAGAACUCACCCCAAAGAAGAAUAAGAAGGUUUGAAUAAAUAAGAAUUAAGUUUUGAAGGAAAAAUAUUUUCUUCCAGCCGAACGAAGAAAAAUCUAUGUUUACAACUCUGCAGAGGGCAGAAACAGAUCACCUUCACCCCUACACAUCCCAAAAUGAAGAUUUAGUGAUGGAGAAUCAACUGAAAAAAUAUUUUGGAAACUCUGCUUUUGAUGUCAGAGUUGAGAAACAAAAACAUCUGCUGGGGGACAGGGGUGUCUCAUUUUCAAAAAAACCAAUUUUUGCUUUGAAUAGAUUGGUCCUGGGUGAAAAAUAUUAAUUAAAAACAAGCCUAUGUUUAUGGACAAAAAAAAACAGAACUGUUCAAAAUAAAGGGUUCAUGAGUCCAUUUUGGAAGGGGCUGAAACACCAAUUCUGCAGUUUAGUUUGCUGAACUGAUUGUUAUUGUCGGAUUGAAAAAAGACCACCAAGAAAGCUAGAUUGCAGAGACCAACGUAGUGACGGUAUUAAAAAAAAAUUACAGAACUUACACUGACGGCGUUGUUGUCUUGACUUAGUAUAAGUUGCGUUUUCAUUUUCUUCACUGAUCAUCAGAUGAUAUCCUUUUGCGAAAAGUCCUGGAAAAAAAAUGCCAGGUUGGUGGAAUUAACUGAAUCAUCUGUUCAAAACUAGAAAAACAAACAAACAGGACCAUUUUGUUUAAGAAAGUGUGUAAAAAUCAGCAUUGUGUCUAUUUAGACUGCUGGCAGGAUAAAAAAAAAAAAAUCUGGAAUUUCUGGCCAUAUUUAAAUCAAUAUGCCCAAAGUCGCCUUGAACCGUGAAAUGGACAGCAAAUAAAUUUAAUUAUAAUAAUAAUAAUACAUACAUACAUACCAAAUAACUCAAUUCCUGCGGUCUGCUAUCCUUAAUCUUUAGAUGUUAAGGAGUUUUACGCCCAAUGCGUGGGAAAACAUCCUACAUCAGAAGACAGAGCCAAUUUUUUUUUGUGUGCAGUUUUGAAGACUCUUAUAUACCUGCAGUAUUAAAAAAAAAAAUUACCAGAAGAUUAUAAUGCAAAAAAGGAGCUUUUUUUUAUAAUAAAUGUUCUUGUCAGCAGCUGUGCCCCCCCAAACUGUAAGGAUUUUAGUCUGCAUGAGGUGGUUUUGAGACACCAGCAUUUUUCCUCCAUCUUUGAGCAGAGAAGACAAGAUCAGUUCAACAAGCGCAUAACCAAAGCCGACACACACACUGCCGUUUGCAUUCCAUUCUGCUGGGAAAUACUUGAAAUUAACUAAAUAGCCAUAACAAAUCUAUGCUGUUAACAGAAUUUUGAUUUUUAUCUUUUUUUUUUUUUUUUUGGUCUUUUUUGUUGUGCAUUUGCCAGUUGUGUAAGGAACCCAUUUUGUCUGUGUUCACGUGACACGUUUAACCAACCCAGUUACAGAAAACCGCUAUGUUCACACCUGCUUAAAUUUGUCAAUAUGAACUUAGAGGAAUUAUUCUGGUUUUGAAGUGUGCAAAUUCAUCUGGUGAGAUAAUACAUUCUGAGAAUUGUCUGAGCUGAGAAAAUGGAUGAAUUUGUUAUAUUAAAUCUUUUUGUGUGUGUGUGAACGCAGCCAGAAAGUAUGUCAUUGGUCCCUAAUAUGUUUCAUUGUCAAUGCUAUUUACAAAUUGUAUGUGGAAUAAUUACUUACAAACAGCAAACACUUUUGGAUAUUCAGUGUUCUGUACUAAUAAAACAGAACGAAAUGUUCCUUUUGUUUCAUCAUAUUCCAUAUGUGAUGGUGCAUUUAUUUAGGGGAAAGUUUUUUUCUAAGUGUCCCAUAGAACCUGGUUUAGUAAACUUUCUCGGUUUACUGCAUCUUGAACAUCUCAGUAAUUCUUUCAUGCCGUCCUUAGGUCAAAAGAAAUAACUUUAUUUCACUGGAAAUAAAAAGAAACUAAAAAUUGAAAGAAACAAAA